UCAUCACACCGAUAACAAAACUAGUGUGCAAAGGACGGAAAUAACAACCUCACAUUCGUCCAUACCAUAUGUCAUUUUCCGCCUUGGCAGCAACUGCUGAAAUCAACAUCUACAUUGGUCCAUAAUAGAUUGGUCCCUAAGUAGAGUAGAGCUCUUUUGUUGCAAGAUAUUCCUAUCCUCAAGCACGAAGGCAAACUAGUCCGCAAAUGCGGCAUUAUUCGUCAGUCUGCACUCAUUAAUUGACACCGCACUCGAUAUCCUUUCGCAACUUCAGGCACCAUGGUUAGCUUUUACCUUCUCCACCGCGGCCUAUCCUAUUUCACCCUGACGGGGACAAACUUCCUUCCCCUAAUAAAACACUCAAUGGACCUCUACUACGCCAAAAAGUAUGCGGGUGUGCCCUGUGAAAAGCCCUGGUUCAAGUAUACGUGUUUCGAUGAUUUCGCUACAGAUUGGACAUAUACAACCGAACUUGGAUGCAUAUCAGUCAUUGCGUUGCUGACGGUUUUGAUGUUGGGAUUCCACACUGGGCUCGCGAUCUACCAUUUCGCAUGUAGCUGUCGAGGAAAAUCAGAGGGCUUUCUAGCUGGGACAGAGUUGGGAUGUUGCGGAGCUGCAGCAGUGAUCAUUAGUUUUGCGGCGUAUGAUGCAGAGGUGGAUAGAGCUGCUGGGACAGAAGCGAAAUGGAGACGAACGACGCGCUUCUUGACUGCUAUAUUGCAACUCCCGCUGAUUAUUGCAGCGUGUGUAGCUAUCAACAUCGUAACGGGGUCAGAAGCUUGGGAUAGUCAGCGAAGCAGUUUGUGGUUGCUGUUAGUGGUUCUAAUGUUGAACUUGGCCAGUUUAGUGGAGAAUUUAUACGAAGGUUUACUGAUGAUGAAGUAAGAAGACAUUGGGGUGAUUAGUGGGCGGCCGCAAAUAGUAGUAGCGAGUGCAGUGGUAGUUGUUGUUGAUACGUUGUUUUCAUGAACAAUCCUAUACAAUGUUUACUCCUAUGACAAUCACACUGACCUAUAUAGC